UAAAGAUUUUUAGAGGGCAACGGGAACCCUUGGUGCGCGCCGAGGAUGAUGUGCACAAAGAGGCAUGGAAUAUGCAGAGGCGGCUGACGCGCACCCAUUCAUAGACUACUGUGUCUGUUACGAAGACAGUAAAAGAAUGUGUUGAUUUCACAAACGACAAAGUCUACGGAGCUGAAGUCAUAAAUGAGCAGCGACAAUGAAUCAAAACGAGAUGGAGAUGCAGGAGUUCCGACGGCGCUCUCACAGGCUGAGACUGUGGGGCGGUUUGAGGCAGCAGUGGAAGUUGCUGGGUCUGUUUGAGAUUGACCAGCAGCACCAGUUCUACAGCCUCACCUGCAUGAUGAAAGAGGGCCUGACUGCAGCUGUGCAGAACACCAUCGACAACCCGCCUCCGGAUGAACUGUCUGAAGAGGAUUUCAAACUGGAGGUUACUCAGAUACACAAGGGGUUCAGGAUGCAGACAUUUGCAGGGCCAGUGUUUGCCAGUCUGCGCCGUUCUCUGGGUCUGUCAGAGAAGGAUUAUCAGCACUCUCUCUCCUGCGAUGGCUGCUAUCUGCAGUUCAUAACCAACUCCAAGAGCAAGGCCGACUUCUUCCUCACGAAUGAUAAGCGUUUCUUCCUGAAGACGCAGAGUAAACAGGAGGUAAAGUUCCUCCUGUCCAACCUGAGGAUCUACAUAGAGCACUUCGAGCGAUACCCACACUCACUGCUCGUCAAGUUCCUGGGUGUCCACUGGAUCAAAGUUCCCCAUCGACGGAAGAAGUACUUCAUUGUAAUGCAGAGCGUAUUUUAUCCUGAUGAGCGGAUUGUUACCAGGUAUGACAUCAAGGGCUGUGAGGUGAGCCGCUGGACAGACCCUGCCCCUAAGGGGAGCCAGGUGAUCGUGGUGCUGAAGGACGUGAACUUUGAGGGCCAGUACAUCACUCUGGCCCAGCAGCGCUCCUGGCUGGUUCGCCAAGUGGAGAUUGACACAGCCUUCUUGGAGAGGCUCAACGUGCUGGACUACAGCCUGCUGCUGGCCCAUCAGCCCUUGCACCUUGAUGAGCGCAGUCAGAGCCUCUCAUUCGCCACCCUCAUCAUGCGCACCACCAAGUCCUGGUCUUUCUCAACCUCAAGACGAAUGACAGGCAGGUCAAUGAAUGCAGACACUCGCUCCUCCCUCGCGGGGGUCCCCUCUGGUCCAGCAGCAGACCCUGAGGAGGGUGCUGCUUUGCUGAAGCCGGACACAGUUAAUGACUAUGGGACGGAGCGCUGCCGGGCAACAGGGUCACCCAUCACGCCAGAAUCCCCGGACCCCGGGCUGCGACAGUUCCGGGCCCAGAACCGGCGACUGCUGCCCUGCUUCAAAAACCCGCUGCAUGUGAUCGACGGCCCUGAGCAGCGGUACUUUGUGGGCAUCAUCGACAUCUUCACCGUCUACGGCUUCAAGAAGAGGCUGGAGCACCUGUGGAAGAGCCUGCGCCACCCUGGACGGACCUUCUCCACCGUCAGUCCCCCAGCCUACUCCCACAGGCUGUGUCAGUGGGUGGAGGCCCACACCAAGUAGACUUGUCUGGCACAACGGAAAAACAUGAGCUGGGGACCCAGCGCUAGGUGGGCCAGGGCCAGGGGACAGCCAGACAAGAGAGGACAGCAAAGAGACGGA